AUGGAUUUCAUUGCUGGGGCCAUUGGAGGUGGUCUAAGCACAGCCGUGGGUUAUCCACUGGACACAGUGAAGGUGAGAAUUCAGACUGGGAGGCAUUACAAUGGGAUUUGGCACUGCAUUCGGGAAACGUAUAGAACAGAAAAAGUUUGGGGAUUUUACAAAGGUGUGUCUGCAUCAGUCGUCACAGUGUCAUUGAUUUCUUCCGUUUCAUUUGGCACGUACAGAAACUUCCUUUGCACCAUCUGCAAGCUGCGAUAUGGGGCUGCAGAUGCAAAGCCAUCCAAGCUGGAUAUUUCUCUUGCUGGAGGUGGUGCCGGUGCUGUCAGGAGUGUGUUCACAGCUCCUAGUGAAGUGGCUAAGGUUCGCAUGCAAACUCAGAGGAAUCCACAUCCUUCCCUCGCAUCUCCCCAGUCUCAUUCCAAGCCCAAGUACCGAGGGUCUUUGCACUGUCUGAAGGUGAUCGCUAAGGAGGAAGGUUUUGGGGGUCUCUACAAGGGCUGCUCUGCAUUACUCUGCAGGGAUUGCUUUUCUUCUGCAAUAUAUUUCCUUACCUAUUCUGCUUUGUGUGACUGGCUCACACCAGCUGGGCAAAAUAAACCAGGUUUUCUCAUUGUGCUGCUUUCUGGUGGUUUUGCUGGAGUCAUGGCCUGGGGAUUAGGUACUCCCUUGGAUGUCAUCAAAUCACGGAUGCAAAUUGAUGAAUCAGACCAGCACAAGUACAAAGGCCUCAUCCAUUGUGCUAAGGAAAGUGUGAGGAAGGAGGGUGCAAAAGUGCUUUUCAAAGGACUGGGUUUAAACUGCAUUCGUGCCUUUCCUGUGAACAUGGUGGUAUUUGUAACAUACGAAGCUGUACUGAGAUUUACAGAUCAUUAUAUAAAGAAAAAAUAG